UAUUGGCACACAUUCAGUUACUUUUUACCGUCUCCCUUUCUUCCUCAAACAAAACAAAACAUGAAUGCAUUAGGCUUUGGAAAACGACGCAAACGUCAUAAACCGGAAGUUAAUUGUGUAACUCUUAACGAAACAUAUGUCGAUUCUAUAUAAGGAAAUAUGUUUCCCCCAAAUAUUUAAAACUAUUUUUUUGUUCGCCCCCGAAUCUUACUAUACAUAAAUUAUGCCCCCCGUCAACUUCUAGCUUCAUAUUGCUUGUCAGUUUUAACAGACGAUUGACUCAACUUGCGAUCCUCACUAAGAAGACUGAAAAAAAUCUCUAAACAACUUGGAUGAACCUUUGUUCAUAUUCUCAGAAAAUGAAACCAUACACAUCAAUUGCCCAUACUAUUUUUCUACUACUUGCUGGCUUAAAGUUGUUGUCAGCUCAAGACACCUAUUAUUGCGGCGGGAAACCUGCGGAUGUUUACUUUCUUUUGGAUUCUUCGACGAGUAUUUGGUUUAUAGACUUCGCCAAACAAAUAAAAUUCGUAGAAAACAUGAUCGAGCUUUUUGAAAUUGCACCAAAUAAAACCCGUAUCGGUCUGGGUACGUUCAGCAGCAAUUUCCAUCCACAGUUCAGUUUUAAAGACUAUAACAAUAAAACUCAAGUAAUUGGUGCACUGAAGAGUAUUCAUCAAAAUUAUGGAGGAACCAAUACGGCGAAUGCUAUCCAGAAGAUGCGCGAAAGAGAAUUUAAUCCUCUGAGCGCUCGACAAGAUGUUGCUCAUAUUGCUAUCAUUUUAACAGACGGGAAAUCUUGGAGCUUAUCAAAAACUGCUGAAGAAGCUAAAAUGGCCAAAGAAAAGGGUAUCUACAUGUUUGCUGUUGGUAUUGGAAGAAAUAUUGACCUCAAAGAACUAAAAGGCAUCGCUAGCGAAUCAAAUAAAAAGGAAUCACAAUUUGUGUUUCAUGUGAGAAACUUUGAUGCCUUAGAUUCCAUUAAGGAGAUUCUGGCGAUCCAGACAUGUGAAGUUGUACCGAAUGACCAGUACAGAUGUGGAGCAUCUGGGCAAGCAGACAUGAUCUUUUUAUUAGACAGACUUGUCAUGGCGCCAUCACGAAUUCAACUGAUUAAAGAUUUCAUUGCUAAGACAGCAGAUUUGUUAGACAUGGGCCCUAAUAAUCCCGUUCGUAUCGGUGUCUUCACAGAUUGUCCGGACUCCGAAGAUAUUUAUCUGAACGAUCAUAAUGACAAAUAUAGUUUCAUUAAAGAACUAAAAAUAACCAAAGACAAGUCAAGGAUACACACUCUGAGACGAGUUCACCGAGUAGGAUUUAAUAAGAACAAUGGUGCUCGAACGGAAGCGCGCAAACUUGUCAUCCUUUUCGUGGACAGUCCACUCGUAGACGCCAAAAAAGUACUUUUAGAAGCAAUGAAAAUGAAAUUAUCAAAUAUUGAGAUAUUCGUGGUUACCAUUGGCAAUGAAUAUUUAGAGAAAGAAAUGUCGAGACUAGCAUCCAGAAAAGUCAAAGAACAUACUAUCAGAGUCCCAAGUUAUUCUGAAUUAAAUAACUCCGUGGCAAACUUCGUCAAUCUUAUUUGUGAAAAACUAUGAAUCUAGAAACAUCCAAAGAAUUUAUCAUUAAUAGUAUUACGUGAACUUUGAUCGAAGUGAAAUAAUGGUCUCUGUUGGUCAAUAUGAAGGACAAUCGGACCAGUUUGCUUGAAGGAGAAAAGAAUGGAACAAAACCUAUCCUUUCAUGGCCGGUAUCAUAUUUCCUAAUUGAACAAUUGGACAGUUUUUAUUUUCUCUACAAACGAAACAAUACCUGUUGGGGGCGUUCGUACGCACGGACAUUUGAGUGAAUAGACAGACGAUCUAAACAUGAUUGAAAUAAAGCAUAACGAUGUCAGCAUCCAUUAGAAUGUAAAUGUUUGUGCGCAUGAGAAUGUAUGAAGCAACACGUUUAUGUAUAAAAUAAUAUAUAUAUAUACAAGUUGAUAUAGUAUAAUAUAUAUAUAAUAUUAUAUAUAAUAUAUAUGUAAUGUGUAUUAUAUGUAAUGUGUAUUAUAUAUAUAUAUAUAUAUAUAUAUAUAUAUAUAUAUUGUAGAUUUAUAUUUGCGAAAACGGACAUCAGCAACCUACUAGUCUCACUAUUCCUACAUACAUCAUACAUUGCAUGAGGACAACAUUUUCAAGUGGUAUCCCACAAACCCAGCAGCCGAAAAAGUCCUAGGAAAUCACGUUCACUUUCGUAUAUAUGAGUGUGUAUGCAUGUGUGUGUUCGUGUGUGUGUGUGUGUGUGUGCUUAAAAAGUCGAGGACAACGGGAAAUUCUCGGAUUGUUUAUUUUUGGGUGAUAUAACUGCAUCUUAAUUCAAAGAAAGCAUCAGAAUAAUUGCCUAGUGUCUCUUUGUCCUAUCAUUACAGAUUCCAUUAAUCAUUGUGAAUUGAGGUAUAUAUGUGUAUAUAUCACAAGUCUUCUCCGUUAUGUCUUUAUAGUGAUAGAAAACGCAGCCAUCAUAGCCUUAACGCAAAGCAUGCAUUCCCCAAUAUAUUUAUGACAUGUAAUAUGUGUGUGUGAGUGUAUAAAUC